CUCCCCCCCAGCGCUCCCCGGGCCCAAAGAUAUGGCAAUGGUAGUUAGCAGCUGGCGAGAUCCGCAGGACGACGUGGCCGGGGGCAACCCCGGCGGCCCCAACCCCGCAGCGCAGGCGGCCCGCGGCGGCGGCGGCGGCGAGCAGCAGCAGGCGGGCUCCGGCGCGCCGCACACGCCGCAGACCCCGGGCCAGCCCGGAGCUCCCGCCACCCCCGGCGCGGCGGGGGACAAGGGCCAGGGCCCGCCCGGCUCGGGCCAGAGCCAGCAGCACAUCGAGUGCGUGGUGUGCGGGGACAAGUCGAGCGGCAAGCACUACGGCCAGUUCACCUGCGAGGGCUGCAAAAGUUUCUUCAAGAGGAGCGUCCGCAGGAACUUAACUUACACAUGCCGUGCCAACAGGAACUGUCCCAUCGACCAGCAUCACCGCAACCAGUGCCAAUACUGCCGCCUCAAGAAGUGCCUCAAAGUGGGCAUGAGGCGGGAAGCGGUUCAGCGAGGAAGAAUGCCUCCGACCCAGCCCAAUCCAGGCCAGUACGCGCUCACGAACGGGGACCCGCUCAAUGGCCACUGCUACCUGUCAGGCUACAUCUCGCUGCUGCUGCGCGCGGAGCCCUACCCCACGUCGCGUUACGGCAGCCAGUGCAUGCAGCCCAACAACAUCAUGGGCAUCGAGAACAUCUGCGAGCUGGCCGCGCGCCUGCUCUUCAGCGCCGUCGAGUGGGCCCGCAACAUCCCCUUCUUCCCGGACCUGCAGAUCACCGACCAGGUGGCCCUGCUCCGCCUCACCUGGAGCGAGCUGUUCGUGCUCAACGCGGCCCAGUGCUCCAUGCCGCUGCACGUGGCGCCGCUGCUGGCCGCCGCGGGCCUGCACGCCUCGCCCAUGUCGGCGGACCGCGUCGUGGCCUUCAUGGACCACAUCCGCAUCUUUCAGGAACAGGUGGAGAAGCUCAAGGCGCUGCACGUCGACUCGGCCGAGUACAGCUGCCUCAAAGCCAUCGUGCUGUUCACGUCAGGUGAGGACGCGGCCGCGGGAGGGCAGGCCUCUGCGGGCGCCGCGGGCCCCGCGCCCCGCGCCCCCGCGCCCCACC